GCAGCGGAAUUGGUUUCAUGCUUGAAACGUACAAUGUCACGUGUACUGAUCAUAAUUGUAUCGCUUGGUUAUGGUGUUGUGAAGCCACGACUUGGUACCACACUAAAUCAGAAUCAAGUGGAAGGAAUCAGGCAGAAACAGCUGGCCGCUUUACCGCUUGUAUUAACUGAAAUAGCAAUAUUUUGGUGGAUUUUUACAUCACUUAUCAACACGAUGCGAUCACUGAGGGUGAGAAGAAAUCUGAUCAAGCUCUCGGUGUAUCGUCAUUUCACAAAUGCACUCUGUUUUGCGGCGCUAAUUAGCGUGCUGUUUAUGUGCUGGACCAUUUAUAUUCACGAUAUGCAACGAUGUCUUGUGGAAUGGAAAGAUUGGGUUGAUACAGCCUUCUGGCACAUUCUCUUCUGUUUGAUUUUGGUCGUCAUUAUGAUUCUUUGGCGACCAUCACGUAACAAUCAGCGUUAUGCAUUCACUCCGCUACUUGAUGAUAGCGAAGAUGAAAAUGAUGAAGAUGAAUUGUUCAACACCAAUUUUUAUGCGAUGGCUGGAUUGAAUCAGAGAACCGUUGGUGCGGGAGCCAGUGCCGAGGAAAAUUCGGAGAGCAACAAAAAGAAAAAGGAUAGUGACCAGAAAAUACAGGCUGAGCUGAAGUGGAUUGAGGACAACAUCCCGAGUAGUUUUGCAGAUCGAUUACUUGUUGAUGAAGAAGAGGACAGAGAGCGGAAUGAAUUGGAGCGAUCCAAGAUGCUUUAA